AUGACAGAGAAGGAACUACCAACGCAGCCCAAUCCUCACAAGGACGAGGUAACAAUCGCGGAGGAGGACGUGGAAGACGAGGAGAAGGACGGGCCACAAAAGGACGAGAGUGGAAUAUGCGCCUACUGCGGUUUCGGGCCUCAUAAAGCCAAAGCCUGUUCCUACCUGGCAGAGGUGCCACCCACCCAUUGGACCAGCAGCCCACACAUCUGGAAUUACUCCAUCGCACUGCGCGAGGGAGAGAGUAUGGCCAUCACAGCGGCAGCUCACCCCUCGGAUAGAUUAAACAGCUGGUUACUCGAAACUGGGUCUGAUAAAACACCUACUCACAGUUUUGAGGACUUCUACACGUACCAAGAAGACAGCCCAGACGUAGCGUACGCCUACCGAGACUACUCCGGCAACAGAGUUAUGACACAGGGACACGGAGAGGUCCUGGUCAAGGCAGGUCUUGAAGAUGGAACAACGUACACAUUCCUUACAACCGGCUACUACAGUCCAAAUUUGAAGCAAAAAAAGACAAAAACAUACAACAGUGAGGAUUCGCUGGUGGUCACCCACCCAACUACUAACUCACCGGCGUGUGGCUUGAGUACGGCUGAGCGGACGGGAAGCCCUAUUUUCCACACCCUAUGGUCGUAUGUACUUGGCGUAGCACUGGAGGGGAACAUAUAA